AGAGGCAGAGAAAGAGCCAGUUCAGCCAUUACUGCCCCAGCUCACCACCCCAGGCCCCAGCCCUCCUCUGUUUAAAUACCCCCCCUCUCCUCCUCCUCCUCCCCCGAGCAGCAACCGACCGCCGGGGAACGAGACGGACGCCCUCGACUCGCCUAGCCGACAACUCCGCUUGUUCUCUCGUGAUGGGCUCUGAUGAUGGAGGGGCUGAGGAGUUGCCACCACCACCUCCUCUGCCUCCAAAUGUGGUGCCCAUCAAAGCUGAUGAUGUCGUCAAGGAAUCGCCACCGGACCAGCCAAUGAAGCCCAAGAGGUCCCUGGUGGCCAGGCCUGGUUUAGGAAGGAUCGGGCAGCCCAUCCAGCUCCUCUCUAAUCACUUUAAAGUCUCCGUGAAGAGUUCACAGGACUUCUUCCAUCACUACGAUGUUAGUUUGAAGUAUGAGGAUGAUACACCAGUUGAUAGGCUGAAAGGGAUAGGCAGAAAGGUGAUUGAUAAACUACAGCAUACAUACCUCUCCGAACUUGCAAACAAGGACUUCGCUUAUGAUGGUGAAAAGAGCCUUUUUACUAUCGGCGCUCUUCCUCAAGUCACCAAUGAAUUCAUCGUGAUCUUGGAGGAUCUUGGAACUGGAAAGACUGCUGCCAAUGGGAGCCCUGGAGGUAAUGGCAGUCCUGGAGGGAGUGACAAGAAGAGAGUCAGGAGGCCGUACCAGACAAAGACUUUCAAAGUGGAGCUGCGCUUUGCAGCAAAAAUACCCAUGGGUGCAAUUGCUGAUGCCAUCAGAGGUCAAGAAUCAGAGAACUCCCUGGAGGCUAUCCGAGUUCUUGAUAUCAUACUGAGGCAGCAUGCUGCAAAACAGGGCUGCCUUUUAGUCCGCCAGUCAUUUUUCCACAACAAUCCUCGUAAUUUUGUUGACCUGGGCGGUGGUGUGUUGGGGUGCCGAGGAUUUCACUCAAGUUUCCGUGGUACACAGAGUGGACUCUCCCUGAACAUUGAUGUUUCCACUACAAUGAUUGUUCAACCUGGUCCUGUUAUUGAUUUCCUUAAAGCUAACCAGAAAGUUGAUCAGCCUGCCAGAAUUGACUGGUCAAAAGCCAAGCGUGCUCUUAAGAACUUGAGGAUAAAAACAAUUCCCGCAAAUACAGAAUUCAAAAUUGUUGGUUUGAGUGACAGAAAUUGCAAUGAACAGACGUUUGAAUGGAGGCAGAGGAAUGGUAGUGGAGGUAUCGAUACUGUUGAAAUAACAGUCUAUGAGUACUUCGUUAAGAUUAGAGGCAUAGAACUGCAGUAUGGUAGUCUUCCCUGUAUCAAUGUAGGGAGGCCAAAGCGUCCAACGUAUUUUCCUGCGGAGCUUUGCAUGCUUCUUCCACUGGAAAGAUACACCAAAGCUCUGUCUACUCUGCAAAGGUCCUCGCUUGUUGAGAAAUCCAGACAGAAGCCUCAGGAAAGAAUGUCAACCCUUGAUGAGGCACUUAAACGUAGCAACUAUGAAUCUGACCCCAUGCUGAGGGCAUGUGGCAUUUCAAUUGCGCGGAAUUUUACUCAAAUUGAAGGGAGGGUCCUGCAAGCGCCCAGGCUGAGAGUUGGCAACAAUGAAGAUAUCUUAACACAUAAGGGACGUUGGAGUUUGAAACACAAGAAGCUGUAUCAGACCUGCUCUGUCGAGAGGUGGGCGGUUGUUAAUUUCUCUGCGCGAUGUGAUGUUCGGGGUCUUGUCCGAGACCUCAAAAGGAAUGGAAUUGCGAAGGGACUUAAAAUACAGGACCCUUUUGAUCAUGUAUUUGAAGAGAGCCCGUCGAUGAGACGAGCGCCUGCGGCACAAAGAGUGGAUGCUAUGCUUGCUCAGUUAGAAAAGAAACUACCUGAUAAACCCAAUUUCCUUCUGUGCCUUCUCCCUGAUAGGAAAAACUGCGAAGUUUAUGGCCCUUGGAAGAAGAAGUGUCUUGCUGAUCUUGGUAUUGUUACACAAUGUCUAGCUCCUCCAGCAAGAGUAAAUGAUCAGUACAUAGAUAAUGUGCUGUUGAAGAUAAAUGCUAAGCUUGGUGGGCUGAACUCAUUGCUGAGAAUUGAAGUAGAACGCACAAUACCUCUUGUGUCAAAGGUGCCUACUAUCAUCUUGGGCAUCGACGUGUCACAUGGUCCACCUGGGCAAUCUGAUAGACCUUCCAUUGCCGCGGUGGUUAGCUCUCGAGAGUGGCCUUACAUCUCUAAAUAUAGAGCAACAGUGAACACUCAGUCACCCAAACUAGAGAUGGUGUCCUCCUUGUUUAAACCACAGGGGCCUGAAGAUGAUGAUGGCCUCAUUCGGGUAUCACUUAUUGACUUCUACAACACUAGUGGGAAGCGCAAACCAGAUCACGUUAUUAUUUUCAGGGAUGGAGUUAGUGAAAGCCAAUUUACUCAGGUCAUAAACAUCGAGCUUGAAAAGAUCAUUGAGGCAUGCAAGUUCCUCGAUGAGAAGUGGUCGCCUAAGUUCACAGUCAUUGUUGCUCAGAAGAACCAUCAUACCAAAUUUUUCCAGACUGGAUCCCCGGAUAAUGUUCCUCCCGGCACUGUGGUGGACAAACAAGUGUGUCAUCCCAAGAAUUUCGACUUCUACAUGUGUGCACAUGCUGGCAUGAUCGGAACAUCAAGGCCAACACAUUAUCAUGUUCUGCACGAUGAGAUCGGCUUCACAGCUGACGAACUUGAGGAAUUUGUGCAUUCACUCUCCUAUGUGUACCAGAGGAGCACAACGGCGGUAUCAGUCGUUGCUCCAAUUUGCUAUGCGCAUCUGGCGGCUGCCCAGGUCGGCACAUUCCUGAAGUUUGAAGACAUGUCGGACGCUUCGUCAAGCCAGGGAAGAGGCCAUACAUCUGCGGGCAGCGCUGCGGUGCAGCCGCUGCCUGGGCUCCAUGAGAGAGUGAGGAACACCAUGUUCUUCUGCUGAUUCGCCGUUGGAUAUUUGCUGAACUGUGCUGGGUCUGUCUUGUUUUGGUUGCACCUUGAAACUAGUCAGUGGUUGUUGGAACGGUACCUUUUGUGUCUGAAGUGUUGAACCCUUGAAUCGUUUAAUUUAUCAGACUUGUUGGUUUUA